AUGGACGCUUCUGCCGUUGCCGUGAUUGUGGUUGCCAGCAUCUUGGGCGCAUUCUGCCGAGCAGCCACAGGUUUCGGUGGCUCCAUUCUCUUCAUAUUGGUGUACAGCCUCGCGAAUCAGCUGCAUCUGGCUUCUGGCCUGGAGAGCGCUGUGCUGAUGGUGGUUCUUGGCACCGUCUUCGAGUUCAGCACCUCGACAGUGCUUUUUCUGGCCGUAGCCAGACGAGCCUACACCUUGUGGCGCAACCUUCUGCUCUUGUCCGUGCCCGGGUUGCCGGGCACGGCUCUGGGGCUGUACAUCUUGGUGCAGACCGGCGAGAACAAGUCCAUCCUGGAGAUGGUGAAGACCUGCCUGAAUUUGACAUUCGCUCUGGUCGCUCUCUUCAAGAUCACCAUGGAGUUCCGGGCCUAUGCGAAAGCACGACGUGCAAACGAGGCGUUGCACAUCACGGAGGUCCUCGACGAGGACGUCGACACCGAGCUCUGCAGAAAGAUGGGACUACAGUUCACCCUCGUGGGCUUCUCCUGCGGCUUUCUGAACGGCCUCAUGGGUCUCCCAGGUCCGCUGAUGAUGGUGCACUUUGCGCAGGCGCUGUCCAACAAGAAGAUGACGGCCAACACCUGCUACACGCUGACGCAAGCGUUUUUCAUGCUGACUACCGUGAUGCGAUUAUCUUCCCUCACCUCUCCGGAGGUUCGUGAGGAGUUGGCUGCCCACUGGCACCUUGCGCUCGUGAUUCCGGCACCCUCGCUGGUGGCGCUGGGUUGCGGCUGGGAGGUUCGGAAGCGCUUCAACACGACACUGCUGCUACGAUGCGUCAUCGCAUUGCUCCUCCUCUCGUCGCUGAUGGGCCUCGGCAUUCUCGAGAGCUCCGCCCUUGGUUUGUGGGCCCUCGGUGUUACUUUGUUUUGGUUGCUGCUCACCGUGUCUGUGAGCCUCAGCACAUGUGCUUGUCUAAAGAGGCAGGCUGGUCAGGAGGCGCCAAGAGAUCUUUCCCCGAACUCAGCCAUGGAAUCUGAGACCUUCGGUCGUCGCCGUACGGCCUCUCUGAGUGCCAGCGGGGCAGAUGCCAGGGUUUAG